GAAACAGCUGAUUUGUUUCAUUUACGAGGUAAACUUCACCGGAGGAAAACAAAACAAACCAUCCAGGAAUUUGCUCUCAGUCGCCUAAAGGCAGCUUGAGGUCGCUGUUUGUCCAAAUAAGCUGGAAAUCAAAAAGUUUUAGAGGUUAUUUGUUAGUUUGGUCUGAAUUCAUGGACACGUUUCCGCUUUGAAACGUUCAACUGUGAGCUACGCUGAUCUCGAUCAUGAUGAACUUCAGCACAACUCCCAGUCAUGGUGGUCACACUGGCAAAGAAAAUAUCGCAUCUUCAACCAAAGUAGAUGCACUGCAGGUCCAGAGAACCAAACAGCGAACAGUGCUCGGUGUCUUGUCGGAAAAUGAGCAACGUGGUCGAUCCGUUAGUCAGGGAAGCCAACUUUCCAAACACAGUUCGGUGUCAGACAGCUCCCAGCUCAACUUUCUUGGCUGUUCGUCCGGCUACGAUGUGUACGUUGAAGAGGCUUGUGAAGUAGUUCUUGCAGCUUCUGGGGAAGAAGUGGCCUUAGACAGUCAUUAUCUACAUGCUGAAACUGAUGCCCUGCAAAAUGAAGAUUUGAGACUCCUACUGGAGCUAAGUUCAAGUUCAUGCCAGGAUGCUUCGAUGCAGUCUGAACCAAAUGAAUCCCUGAUAUCAGAGGAGGUGUUUUGUCUGGAGUAUGCAGAAAAUAUUUACCAGCACUUGAGGGAGAGAGAGGUGAAGCUCAGCGCAAGGCCAGGCUACUUAGACAGACAUCCAGAGAUCACCGAUGGCAUGCGAGCCAUUCUGGUGGAGUGGCUGGUCGAAGUCGUCCAGGAAUACAAGCUUCACUCUGAAACUCUUCACCUUGCUGUCAACUACUUGGACCGCUUUCUCUCCUGCACGGCGUAUGUGAAACGGGGGAAGCUGCAGCUGGUUGGAACAGCUGCAUUACUGAUCGCUGCAAAAUACGAGGAGAUCGUAUCUCCUGAGCUGAAUGAGUUUGUGUACAUCACAGACAACACCUACACUAAGAAACAGUUGGUCCGGAUGGAGCAUGUUUUUUUGAGGGUGCUGGACUUCAACAUGGCAGCGCCAACCUCAAACCAGUUCCUUCACCUUUUCAUGUCCAUCCAGUCGGUUUGUGCCAACACAAAGAACGUUGCCUUGUAUAUAACAGAGUUAAGUUUGCUAGAAAUUGGCCCAUUCCUGAAGUAUAGCCCAUCUAUAGUGGCUGCUGCAGCCUACUGCUUAGCCACCUACACUAUAAAUAGAUCUCUCUGGCCUGAUUCCUUAAAUUCCUUUACUGGGUAUACCAUGGCUGAAAUUGUGCCCUGCCUGACUGAACUCCACAAACUAUACAUCAAUGCAGACAGCCGCCCACAACAGGCCAUCAGGGACAAAUACAAAAGUUCUAAGUAUUGUCGUGUUUCUCGGAUCACUCCACCUGCUGUUUUGCCUUCUUACGAAUCACUGCUCCACCCUUCUGAUCCUUCUGCCAGAACAUAAUGACGCUGAGAACAAAACAAGCACAAUGGAUUCAGCUCCAUACAUGCCACGCCCAUCUGGGCACUUCAUUAUCUUGAGAUGUUUUCUUACAUUUUUUCUAGUAUAUCCAGUAAUACAAAAAAUGUAUAUUUUUUAAUCAUUAAAAACAUACUCAACGAUUUCACCUCCACACAUGUUCAGUAAAGUACUCUGCUUUGAGUAUGAAGUUGUGUCUAAUAGUUUAACUCCCAGAUACCAGACAUUACCUACAUACUAUUUUCAUUUUAUGUGUAAUGUAGAUUUCAACAUAAAUCGGGCCCUAAACUAAGAUUUUAAGUGGCACAGAGAAACUUUUUCACUUUGCAGAACAAGAAUAUGAAAACAGUCCUCUAUUUUAAAGACAUGCACCAUUCUACAGCAUGAAGGUCAAGCAUUCAAGGAAAGUAAAACUUAUCAAAAAAAGGUCAAUUCUAAAGGGACUUUAAGAGUUUUCAUACUCAGUAAUAAAUUGCCACAGAGGGUAAACUGGGAAAAGACACCCCUAACAUCUAUUUUCUUUUUAAACGUGUAAUUUAAAUGUCAAUAUAAUGUAUACACAUUAAGUAAACAAAUAGAGGGUAAUUAAGUCAUGACUGACAACAACUUUGUUAAUAUAAAACGAAUUGUAAAAUCUUUAAAAUGCCCUCCACUGAUGCAAAAAUCCCCUGAGGGAUUUUACUCAUGAGGCAUUUUGAUCAAUAAAAAUUGUUACUUUUAAAAUUACUGUUGUU